CAAUCUCUUGCUCUCAAAACACAAUUAAACCUCUGUUUUCCAAAAAUAAAGAAGCAAGACAAUUCUCCUUAAAUUCAAAUAUUUUCAAGAUACUCUCUCAAAAAAAAAAUCAAGAUUGUAAUUGCAAUGGAAAAGGAAAACAAGAAGAUGAAGGAGAAGAUAGAAGACUAUGGACAUUCUAAUUUGAAUGUGGUAGAUAAUGAGGAAGGUAGUGUGAAAAGACCCAGAUAUGCCUUGGACCUGAAUUUUUCUUCUUUUGAACAACAUGAAAUGGGAGCUCCUUCCAGUAGUUUGUCUGAAUUUGAUCCUUCCCCUACUUGUGCACUAGCCCCACAGUUUCGUUUCAGUGAUACCAAUGAUACUGGAUCAGGAAGCCAGGGGUCAAUUCCUAAUGUUGGUAAUCUGUUUGAAAAUUCAGAUGUGUUAGUGCGACAAAUGCAGCAAUCACCAAAUCCUAUGGCAAAGGUUACCGCUGCUUUAUUACAGUCAUCCCAAAUAAGUGGCACAACACCAUCUCCUAUGACACAAGUGGCCGCUGCUAUAUUUCAGUCAUCUCAAAGAGGUGACACACAGCCAUCUGAUACCUCUGAUGAAAGCCUUCCGAUGAAUGAUAUUAUGUGGGAUUUCCAGAUAGAUAUGAAUAACAACAUUUUGAAGAGGUUUGAAGAGUUGCAAUCAGAAUUGGCUGAUUACAAACAUCGCUUUUUACUGCUGGAAACUCGGUUCAAUAAUAUGAAUCCAUCAGAGGGACAAAUUGCAAUUGAUGACACAAGGUGUGAUUCGGCUGGGCAGGCAACCGAAAUGGUCAAAUCAGAUAAGUCUAAUCCUUCAGUUGAUGCAGUUCCUUCUAGUACUAAUGUUCUGUCAAAGGGGCCGUUCAUUACAGUUGCUGGUGAAGGGUUGUCUGCAGAAAAUACAGACAGAAAUAAAGAAGCAACAGAAGCAGAUGAAACACAAGAUGACAAGGAGAAAUCUAAUGCUUCUCAAGAUGACAACACUCAAGAAUUUCCCGGGUGAUCAUGUUCACUGCUCGGACCUUAGUCUCUUUUCUAUUUUGUACCUGAAUUUCCUACUGUCUCUAUCAGAUUUCAUACUCUUCUAAUGUUAUCUACCGACUACCGUACAUGAUUUGUUUUUGAAAGCAUGAUGCUUUUUUUCUGUGAAUAGAUUACUGCAGUUAAGUAGGUAUUAUCCGAAAUGUUUGUACAGAAUUAUGGAACCUUUUUGUAUGCAAAUCAUAUCAACAAAUUGAUU